ACGCCAACCAUCGUCCGCCGCAGUUUAAACGCUCCUAAAAGAAAGUCGAAGUCUCGUGCCUGUGUGCUCUUUCUGCCAUUGAUUUUUUUUUCGAAAGUAGUGCGAAACAAUAACCGUCAAGUCGACUCAAAACCACAACUACAAUCCAGCUAUUGGCCGAGCAGUUGCAACGAGCGAAUCUCAAACCGAUCGAAAUACGGCAGCGACGACGACGACGCCAGCGUUUAUUUAUUAACAAAAACCGAUUACAUUACAACCAAACAACAAACACCAAAGUCCUGGACCACCGGAGCGUGUGUGAGCGAGAGAAAGUGAGCGAGAGUGUAAGGAGCGCCGUGAGUGUGCGCGCGCGUAUUACAAGGAUUAGAAUUUUCACGAGAGAGAGAACUUAGCAAAUUAAUUUACUUUGUUUGGCCGCCAAACAGCAACAAAAAACAACCACCUCCCCAAAAACACAACACUCGCGCUCCAAAUUAAAACAAGUCGUGUCAACCAACUCUAACCACUCGACUCCUCCCGAUCCUACCACCACCCAGUGGACUUUAUGAUGGCAAAUACCGGAGCCGGCGGCGGAGUGGACACACAGGCGCAGCUAAUGCAGAGUGCAGCCGCCGCUGCUGCGGUGGCGGCAACAAAUGCGGCCGCCGCGCCCGUACAGAAUGCAGCCGCCGUGGCCGCCGCCGCCCAGCUGCAGCAGCAACAGGUGCAGCAGGCGAUCCUGCAGGUGCAGCAGCAGCAGACACAACAGGCGGUGGCCGCGGCCGCUGCCGCCGUUACGCAGCAGCUCCAACAGCAGCAGCAGGCCGUUGUGGCCCAACAGGCGGUGGUGCAGCAGCAGCAGCAGCAGCAACAGCAGCAGCAACAACAGCAGCAACAGCAGCAGCAGGCGGCGGCGGUGGUGCAGCAGGCGGCGGUCCAGCAGGCAGUCGUGCCGCAGCCGCAGCAGGCGCAGCCCAACACCAACGGCAAUGCCGGAUCGGGAGCCCAGAAUGGCAGCAACGGCAGCACGGAGACGCGCACAAAUCUGAUUGUAAACUACUUGCCGCAAACGAUGACCGAGGACGAGAUCCGUUCGCUGUUCUCCAGCGUCGGCGAGAUCGAGUCGGUGAAGCUGAUACGCGACAAGUCGCAGGUCUACAUCGAUCCCCUCAAUCCGCAGGCGCCCAGCAAGGGCCAGAGUCUGGGCUACGGAUUCGUCAACUACGUCCGGCCGCAGGACGCCGAGCAGGCCGUCAAUGUGCUCAACGGUCUGCGGCUGCAGAACAAGACUAUCAAGGUGUCGUUCGCCCGGCCGUCGUCGGAUGCCAUCAAGGGCGCCAACCUGUAUGUGUCGGGGCUGCCGAAGACGAUGACCCAGCAGGAACUGGAGGCCAUCUUCGCCCCCUUCGGCGCCAUAAUCACAUCGCGCAUUCUGCAGAACGCCGGCAACGAUACGCAAACCAAGGGCGUUGGCUUCAUUCGGUUCGAUAAGCGGGAGGAGGCCACCAGGGCCAUCAUUGCCCUGAACGGCACCACGCCGUCCAGCUGCACGGACCCCAUUGUGGUGAAGUUCUCGAAUACGCCGGGCAGCACGAGCAAGAUCAUCCAGCCGCAGCUGCCCGCGUUCCUCAAUCCGCAGCUGGUGCGUCGGAUCGGCGGCGCCAUGCACACGCCGGUGAACAAGGGACUGGCCCGGUUCUCGCCAAUGGCCGGCGACAUGCUGGACGUGAUGCUGCCCAACGGACUGGGAGCGGCGGCGGCGGCGGCCACAACGCUGGCCAGCGGCCCGGGCGGUGCGUAUCCCAUAUUCAUUUACAACCUGGCACCGGAAACGGAGGAGGCAGCGCUGUGGCAGCUGUUUGGUCCCUUCGGGGCUGUGCAAUCGGUGAAGAUCGUCAAGGACCCCACAACGAACCAGUGCAAGGGCUACGGCUUCGUCUCCAUGACUAACUACGACGAGGCGGCCAUGGCCAUUCGGGCGCUCAACGGCUACACCAUGGGCAAUCGAGUGCUGCAGGUCAGCUUUAAGACGAACAAGGCCAAGUAGAGCGACCCGAAUGGAAGUGAAAUACGAUGCAGCAGCAGCAGCAGCAGCAGCAGCGCACCCUAAACCAUCUCACCCUGAAUCUAAACAUCCUGACUCACUCACACACACACACAACACACAUAUAUAAAUAUGCAUGGUAUAACGGUAACUAAGCGCAACAAAACAGUAUGUGUAAUACACACGAACAAAGAGAAAACAAGAAAGUAACAGGCGGCAGGAGAAGGAGAAGGAGCUCUCUCAAAAAUGACGACACAACGAAACGGCAAAGGCCCCAAAAUACCCGAAAUACCCAAAAAACGAAACCCUUUUUUAACUACAUGAACAUCCUAAUCCCAAUCCCCAAGUCCCCCCGAUAAACCGCCGGCCAAAAGCGUUGCAAUAGCAAAAUUCUUCUUGUUUAGCAUUUAAGUAAGGCAACAUAACUAAACGAAACAAAAACACAAGAAGGAAAGAAGCUGCCUGGAGCCUGGAGCUGAAGAAGUUGAGGAUUGAGCAUAGGAGGAGGGCAGGGGAGUGAGAGUGAACCAUGAGAUUAUAAGGAAAAAUUGCAAUAUGAACAACACACACUCUGGCAGCUGUGAAAAAAGAGAAAAGGUUAAAGGUUGCCGCAGUCAAAUUAGUCGCAAAGCAAAACAAAGAAAUCAACCAAACACACACAAAACUAAGACAAAUUUAACUUAACUAGCAAAAAAGAAAAUGAGAAAUUUUAAAAAUUUAUUAACAUUAAGUAAAACGCAGCAAUGAAAUCUUCCAAACAAAUGAAAACAAAAAUCUGUUAGUUACACUCCAAACUUUUCUACCAUAAAAAACUUUGAAACUUGAUACUACAAAUUGAAAACAAAAACAGAAUUAAGUAAUUAGAGGAGUUCAGUGUCUAGGAUUUAUAUCUGAUCUGGUGCUUAUAGGACAUCAGUUUUGCUUGAUCUCAGAAGGCGAGGCAAAAGUAUUCGAGAGGCGAUGAUCAAUAUGAUCGCGCAUAUAAUAGAUAUAUAUACAUAACAUGGAGGCUGCUACAGUAUUACAAGAAACAUAAAAACAAAAGCUACAUACUUAAAAAACGAAUGGCGAACAGAGCACGUUUAAUAAUUCUAAAUAUAUAUCCAUAUGUAUAUGCGAUAAUUCUAUAUCUACAUAGAUAUACACUUAAAUAUAGAAAAUUAACGAAUUUUUUUAUGUUUUGUGUUUGUUUUCUACACUUAGAGAACGAAAACCGAUCGGAUCAAGCCAAACUCCUGUCCCUUAAGCACAACACACACACACACACACACAGUGAAAGCUGUAAAAAAAUAUAUAGAGACAUAUAGCAUGAUCGAAAGAAAGUUAGCGAACGGAAAACAAAAG